UAUGGCCACCAUGACCCGCAGCUGGAUGGAUGGAUACAUGUUGGGAUAGGCAACCUUAGCUUAGCUCCCUCAUGACUUGCCCCCCUUGGAGGAUCGAUGCUGAUGGGACCUCAUUUUUCCACAGGAUGCAAUGCAUGGGUUGUCACACAUGUUUAUCGAUGGCGAUACCAGCUUCCUUUCUGGAUUUCCAUUAAUAUCAGCAUAGGCAACCAAUGUGAUGUCGCGGCCGAGAUAUUUCAGUGUUCCAGACAUACCUCGACGGUUCCAUGCACGGUGGAAGAGAGAGAAUAAGGAGAGAGAAGGAGGCUGUGUGUAUUUGGCAGACGGUCUAAUCCCAGAAACUUCGCUACUUACCGAUAGGCGUUUUCCCGUUGUACGCUCAGCCCGUCGCUAAUCUGCUGUUUUUUCCGCCCAACCGCCGUAUCCGGAUGAUGCCCAGAUUUGUUUUCAGAUCCUAAUUUCGUGGGUGCUAUAGAUGUUUUCACUACUGUCUAUUGUUGACGUGGCGUAUUUGUUACAGACUCCAAGAUGUCUGAACUAAUGUACAUGCCUACCGAUUUGUUGUGGUUCCUGUCCUAUCAAAUCGUGGCGGCGGCGGUCACUCCGGUGAGCCGGGAGCGCGCUGCUCUUCGGCGCCUGCUUCUUCGACGGGACGCGUUUCCUGCACUGACUCUUUGGUCUUCCGCUGGAUCGGUUUCUUUGGAGGGAGUCUGCGGGCUGGAUCGGCUGUUGGGUGUGCGUCCCCUGCGUCCUUCUUCAUCUUCCUGCUCGGAGGCGCUGAUGCGGGAGUGGGAGCCCGGUGUGGUGCCCGCGCCGCCGCAGCCGGCGAGCAGAGACAGUGCCAUGAGAAGCGGCGGCGCCAACGACGCAAGAAACAACACCGCCGGAAUUGCCUUCCGCGGCAUGGCUUCCCUCGCCUUCUGUCCCCGCCGAUGCUUUUCGCAUCAGGGGCAUCUCUGCCAGUACGGCUUCCCUGCUUAGUAUCUCUACUACCACAUCGCGUACGUGCCUGCUGGCAAUCAGAAUUUUUGUAGCUGAUGGCACGUCUAUUCUGACAGAACCGCUAUUAUUUCCGGCCAUACGUGCCCUGAUUCAGUGGUUGUGCAUGACCAAUCGGUACUUAAGGCAUGUACAAUGGUUGAUAAGAUAGUCUUAUCUUAACUCUUUCAUAUUCU